UCUCUCUCUCUCUCUCUCUCUCUCAAAAAUAAGCAUUAAAAAAGAAAAAUAGCACAACAAUAAAUGUAAGUGAUAAGUAGAAAGUUUAGGGGCGUGGUAUACAGAGGCGUCCCAGAAAGAGUGAAGUAUAAAGGGACGGGGUUAUUUUUAGUAGUAGCAGAAGAAAAAGUAUCAUAAGAGAAGAAACCUAUGCUCCUCAAAUUGGAAAAAGCAUGCACAGUGAUGAGCAGAAAGAUUAAAAGGAUGUUUUUGGUAAUUUGAUAACUGCUACUGAAUUUCAAAACAUCAAGUACAAAGAGGAAAUCUUGGAAGCCUUCAAAGAGAAGGAAAACACGCAAACCGGAUGAACCCUAAGAAACCGAAAAUCCUCCUCUGGAUGUUCACAAAUUGAAAAAAUGCUGGAUGUUACACCUUUGUAUGUAUCUCUUGCUCAUACUGACCAUUGCCAUACUAGCAACAAAACUUUCAAAGCGUUCCCAAACUAUGGCAUGUGAGAACGAAUGGAUUGGAUUAAGAAAAAAGUGUUUCUAUUUUUCCAGUGAUACCAAAAAUUGGACAGCCAGCAAAAGAUUCUGCAGUUCACAGGGAUCAGAACUUGCUCAUAUUGAUACACGAGAGGAUAUGGAUUUUUUGAGGAAGCACGCAGGAACUUCUAUGCACUGGAUCGGAUUGAACAGAAAACAAGGAGAGUCUUGGAAGUGGACCAAUGGCACCACAUUCAAUCCUUGGUUUGAAAUUAGUGGGAAUGGAUCCUUUGCAUUUCUGAAUGCUGACGGAGUCCGUAGUUCCAGGGGAUUUAUUGAUAUCAAGUGGAUUUGCAGCAAACCUAAGUUUUAAUAGAGCGAAGAACUGAAAAAUGGCUGUGGUACGUCUAAUGGCUAUUCCGUGGAUUAGGAGAUUAUAGGGAAUGCACUGCAAAGCAGAACACAUUUU